AUGGUUCAUUUGCUAAUUAUUCUCAGUGUCAUCGCGACCUCGCUGGCCUGCGCUCCGAAUUCUGGGACAACUGGAACUGGAGGAACAACCGGUACUGGUGGAACAACCGGUACCACUGGAACUGGAGGGGCAACUGGUACUGGUGGAGCAACCGGUACCACUGGAACUGGAGGGGCAACUGGUACUGGUGGAGCAACCGGUACCACUGGAACUGGAGGGGCAACUGGUACUGGUGGAGCAACCGGUACCACUGGUACUGCCACUGGGCGAAAACGUGAAGUUGAAGGAAAUCGCUUCAACAGCUAA